AAAUCACAUAAAGUUCCAGUGCAUAAAAUGGUGAGAACAGAUUCGUCAGAUCCUGCUGGACGGUUGCAUGCCUACUUAUAUACGAAACCCCAGAACCAGCUUGAAAAGAAUUCUAGCUUGGCAGCUGUGAGGUCAUCUGUUAGACAAAGAAGGAACCUGAAGGAAACUGCAGAUCUUACUAGCAUUCAGGAGCUUAUCAAUGAUAUUGAUAACAAAUGUCACUCUGGUUUGCUGGACAUUGUGAGACAAUGCACGUAUGUUGGAAUGGCAGAUGAUGUUUUUGCAUUGGUUCAGCAUAAUACUCAUCUAUAUCUUGCUAAUGUGGUGAACUUAAGCAAAGAACUUAUGUAUCAGCAAGUUUUACGUCGAUUUGCUCAUUUUAAUGCUAUCCAACUAAGUGAGCCAGCUCCCUUGCGAGAGUUAAUUAUGUUGGCCUUGAAGGAGGAGGACUUGGACCUUGAAUGCAAUGAAAAUGAUGACCUCAAAAAGAAAAUUGCAGAAAUGAAUACACAGCUGCUUAAGCAAAAGGCUGAAAUGCUAGAGGAGUAUUUCUGCAUUUUUAUUGAUUCAGAUGGGAAUUUGUCUAGACUUCCAAUCCUACUUGACCAGUACACUCCAGACAUGGAUCGUGUUCCUGAAUUUGUACUAUGUUUGGGCAAUGAUGUUGAUUGGGAAAAUGAAAAAAAUUGCUUCCAAUCACUUGCAGCUGCUCUUGGGAAUUUUUAUGCUAUGCAUCCUCCUCUCUUGCCAAAUCCAUCAGGUGAAGGAUUGGAAUUUUACAAGAAGAGAAAACAUGGAAAGAAUCCUCAAAUCAUAGGAAAUUCUUCUUCUGAGAUUGGAGAUGAUAUUGAAAUAGAGGAUGGAUUGGAGCAUGAACUACUUUCAGAGGCAGAGACUGCAUGGGCUCAGCGGGAAUGGUCAAUCCAACAUGUCUUGUUUCCAGCCAUGAGACUCUUUCUAAAACCUCCAACUUCAAUGGCCGUUAAUGGAACAUUUGUCAGGGUAGCUUCACUGGAGAAGCUCUAUAAGAUUUUCGAACGAUGCUAAUCAAAGAGAUUGCCUUCUGAAGAUGUUCAGAAAACACACAGAUGAGAUGACUGCUAUUAUCCAAAGGUCUCCAUUUUGCAGUGUGUGAUAUAUUGUGUUCAAGGUCCUGAAAGUAUUGCAUGAAGGGCUAUAUGUACAGUGUUUAUCCCUUCACCAAACCAAGACACCCAUUUCCUUGUACCAAUUACCUUUAUCAAAUGUUUUGUAAAUCUGUUAUUUGCCCGUGUAAAUGAUGAAAGCCAGGUUUAGAAAGGACAUUGAGGCAAACAGUUGAUAUCCUACCAUCCAAAGCUCUACUGUUUUUGUUUGUUGACCUUGUGGCAGCUAAAAUCAGGAAGGUUCCAGCCUCGAGAUGCUUUUGUUUUUGAAAAACAGUUUUCCUGUAUGUGGCCCACGUAAAUUGUAACGGUUUUUUUUCCUUUUAUUUUGGUCCAAAGGCCAACUAUCUUUUCUCUUUUUUAUAGUAACAGCUUGUAACAUUUUUUUUUAGAAAAAAAGAAAACAAUAUGAUAUAGUCAAAUGGGUAAUAU